GGCAGGUAAAUGUUCCUGAAGACCAAGCAGACAAAUUGCUCCUUGCAAACUGGGGUCUUCCCAAAGCAGUUCUGGAGAAAUACCACAGUCUGGGCGUAGUACAGAUGUUUGAAUGGCAAGCAGAAUGCCUAAUGCUUGGACAAGUUCUGGAAGGGAAGAACCUAGUUUACUCAGCUCCUACCAGUGCUGGAAAGACUCUUGUUGCAGAAUUGCUUAUAUUGAAACGAGUCCUGGAGACUCGUAAGAAAGCUCUUCUCAUCCUUCCCUUUGUCUCUGUGGCCAAGGAGAAGAAACGUUACCUGCAGGCCCUGUUUCAGGAGGUGGAUGUGAGAGUUGAAGGCUACAUGGGAAGCAUGUCUCCUGCUGGACGUUUCUCUGCCCUAGAUGUUGCUGUCUGCACCAUUGAGAAAGCCAAUGGUCUGAUCAACAGACUGAUAGAAGAAAACAAAAUGGACUUGCUGGGAGUGGUGGUUGUGGAUGAGUUGCACAUGCUGGGAGACUCUCAUCGAGGAUAUCUGCUGGAACUCCUUCUGACCAAAGUUAGAUAUGUUACAGAGAAGGUGGCAAAACGACAGGCGAAGAAGGCCCAUCCUGGUUUUGGUGGGAUACAGAUAGUUGGCAUGAGUGCUACCCUCCCUAACCUGGGACUCCUGGCCUCAUGGUUAGAUGCAGAGCUGUACUGCACAGAUUUUCGCCCUGUGCCUCUCAAGGAGUGGGUGAAAAUUGGCAGCAACAUUUAUGACUCUUCCAUGAAUUUAGUGCGAGAAUUCCGGCCCAAGCUUCAACUGAAGGGAGAUGAAGACCAUGUUGUGAGCCUGUGUUAUGAGACAGUCUGUGAUGGCCAUUCAGUCCUGCUUUUCUGUCCAUCCAAGAACUGGUGUGAGAAGCUGGCAGACAUCAUUGCCAGGGAAUUCUACAGUUUGCAACAGGCUGAGAGUUCUGCAAAAGACUCAGCCCUUGCCCCUGUUGUUGUGGACAGAGAAGGGAUCGAUGAGGUUCUGGAUCAGCUGAAGCGGUCUAUCUCAGGCCUGGACUCUGUGCUCCAACGUACUUUGCCAUGGGGAGUGGCAUUUCAUCAUGCAGGUCUCACUUUUGAUGAACGGGACAUCAUUGAAGGAGGCUUUCGCCAGGGCUUGAUUAGGGUCCUAGCAGCAACCUCCACGCUCUCGUCUGGAGUGAAUUUGCCUGCACGCCGAGUAAUUAUACGUACUCCCAUGUUUGGUGGCAAACUGCUGGACAUUCUCACUUACAAGCAGAUGGCUGGAAGGGCUGGCAGGAAAGGAGUAGACACAGAGGGUGAGAGCAUUUUAGUUUGCAAGCCCUCGGAAAGAUCAAAAGGAAUUGCUCUACUUCAGGGAUCUCUCAAGCCUGUUUGCAGUUGUUUGCUUAGAAGAGAAGGGGAAGGUGUUGCUUCCAGCAUGAAAAGAGCAAUACUUGAGAUCAUAGUAGGAGGAGUGGCCAACUCUCCAGAUGAUGUGCAGACCUACGCUUCUUGCACUCUUCUUGCAUCCAGCUUGAAAGAAAGCAAAUGGGGAAAUGAGAAGGCACAAGACCAAGCACAGACUGGACCUAUCGAGGCUUGUGUGGCCUGGCUGCUGGAAAACGAAUUCAUUCAGGUCCUGGAUGCUGGCAAUGGUGUGAAAGCAAAGGUUUAUCAUCCAACACACCUUGGCUCAGCUACUCUUUCCUCUUCUCUUUCACCAACUGAAGCCAUGGAAAUCUUUGCUGACCUGCAGCGAGCUAUGAAAAGCUUUGUUCUGGAGAACGAUCUGCAUAUUGUCUAUUUGGUCACCCCAGUGUAUGAGGAGUGGACCACAAUUGAUUGGUACCAGUUUUUCUGCUUAUGGGAGAAGCUGCCUGCCUCAAUGAAACGUGUGGCUGAGCUGGUGGGGAUUGAAGAAUGCUUUCUGGCUCGCUCUGUAAAGGGCAAAAUCAUAGCUAAAACAGAGAAACAGCAGAGACAAAUGGCCAUCCACAAAAGGUUUUUCACCAGUCUUGCUCUUCUGGAUUUAAUCAGUGAGGUUCCCUUAAUGGAUAUGACGAGGAAAUAUGGCUGUAGUCGUGGCCAGCUUCAAUCCUUGCAGCAGUCUGCUGCCACCUACGCUGGAAUGGUGACGGUUUUCUGUAAUCGACUGGGCUGGCACAACAUGGAGCUGUUGCUGUCUCAGUUCCAGAGCCGCCUCACUUUUGGGGUUCAUAGGGAGCUCUGUGACCUGGUACGAGUGUCUCUGCUGAAUGCACAGCGUGCUAGGACACUGUACAACGCUGGCUUUGUCACUGUGGCCGAUCUUGCUAAAGCCAGUCCUGACGAUGUGGCAGCUGCUCUGAAGAAUUCAGUACCAUUCAAAAGUGUUCGUAGGGCUGUGGAUGAAGAUGAAGAAUCAGCAGAGGAGCGUCGGACUGUGCGCAGCAUCUGGAUGGCUGGAAUGAAAGGCUUAACCGAAAGAGAAGCAGCUUCCCUCGUUGUGGACGAAGCCAGAGGACUUCUCCAGCAGGACUUGGCGCUGAUGGGAGUGCAGUGGAACCCAGAGUCUUUUCUGGAGUCUGAUACAUCUUCUAUGAUGAGCAGUGAGUCAGAACUGGAAGACAGACUACAUAGAUCAAAUGGAGAGUGGUCUUCUGAGUCUUUUAGGGCAUUAAGCAAAAAAGGGUGCAGAGUCCAACAUUGUAACGGCCUUGGUUCUCAGACUGGGAACUUUUCAAAUAUUAAAAAGGGAUAUAAAAGGCGGCUAAGCAGUAGUACAGAAAACUCAAGAUUUGAGAGUGAAGUCCCAGGCAGGAAACAGGCUCGAGCAGAGGAAGGCAAUGUUGGUAUUGUGCACAGCGCUAGAAAAUGGCCAAAUAUGUGCAGAGGUAAUGAGAACAUAGAAGGAAUUUCUAUGGUCAAAACCAAGAUGGAUUCCAAGAGAGCAAUUCCAGAACUCCCUGCUGGACAAGGGAAAACACCAACAUUGAGAAUGAAGUCUUCAGCCUCUAGAUUGAUUCAGAAUGGUGGCAAAAAUGGGAGCGAAAAGCCCAAUGGAAUAUUGUCACAAGCUGGAGCACUGCAGAAAGCCAACAGUCAUACUAAGGAUUUUACGAAAGACUCUCAGGUAAAAUCCAGAGGUGUUUGCAAUGCAGGUGAUGUUCAGAACGGGCCAUCCUCUGACCUGUUGUCUCACUCUAGAGACUUUGAAGACAGCUUCCAGUUGGAUACUCAAACUGAGAUGAUAAUAAAACAGGAGGGAGCAGCUGGAAUCACAGGACAGCAGGGAAUACAAAGGUCACAGCUGGCAGCAAUGCCAGGGCAGGAUAUCUCCAAGAAACUAAUCACUUCAUGGAUUGAGAAUGCUACUGAUGAAAGGCUGGCUGCAACAGUUAGGAAACUGGGCUUAUCAAGUCUUAUCACAACAAAUGGCCUUACAAAAAACACAGCUCAGCACUGCAAUAAUAAAGUUUUGGAGUCUGGAGACCUUAAUUUACAGCCCACAACAAAGGAAAUAGAAUCUGCACGUUGCCUUAAAGAAAGCGAUUUCUCAGUGACGGACUCCCAGCUGCACAGUUUUCUACAAGAUUACCAGACUCAAAAUGCAGUGAAAGGGGAGACUGCAUCUAAAGACCUCAAUAAAACAAUCUCCCCUUUUGGUAGGGAGCACAUUGUACAAGUGGAAUGCCACCCUGUCUCCGAAACAAGCCUGAAUAUGAGUGAUAGCUUGCUGUUCGAUGAUAGCUUCAGUAAUGUCAGCGACCUUUCAGCUGUUCACAUUGUGGAAGCUGACAGAAAAGAACCUGUGGAGAAACAGGGGGCUUUGCUUCCUCCAGAAGGUCUUUUGCAGAACCUAAGGCCUGUUCAGAAUAAGUCUGAUGUCAGUGGGAAUCAGAAAGAGCAUGAGGACCUUGUGCAGCGUAACGAGUCUCUAGAAUGCUCUCAUCUAAUAGCUGAAGUUUUAGAUCAUGCUAACUCCCCAUCUUUUCUGGAUGAUCUUCCGUCUACAUUUGAUGGUCAGUCAGGAUUAAGAAACCCUGUGAUCUGUAACAGUGACCACAGACCAAAUUUAGUAGGAGAUCAAGGUGAAAAGUGCCAGAGAAGUCAGCAAGCUUUAGACAGGAAAACCCGUUCAGUGGUGUGGACUGACCACUCGUUUGAACUAAGCCCAGGACUGCAGGAUGUAUUGGACAAAUGGCCCAGUCCCUCAGGCAUCGAACCAGUUUCAGUAAGCUCCUGUCUGAAAGAAAAGUUAGUUGCUCCUAUUACCAAUCGAGCCCCAGAUCCAGUUUUUGAAUCUGACCGUUGUCAGCCAGAGCCUUUGCCCACUUGCCAGGAUUUGGAAAGCUAUUUCAAGGUUAAAGGAAAAACGGAAGACUUGGAUCUUCAGAAAACAGACUGCAAAACACUGCCACUCAGGGGAAGCAACAGAACAUCCUGUCCUCCACCAGACAGCAAUAGCACGUUUAUUCCUCCAACACCCCCCAAAGAGCUUUUCCCAAAGAGUUCUGUUUCUCUCUCUCUGAAAUCAGCAAGGAAAAGCCAAGUUGCCUGUGUGCAUGACGGGCAGCUGAUUCAGCCACAGCAGAAUAGUGAGAGCAAUGCAGAGCAGCAGGUAACAUCACUCCAGGCCAGUCUUGGGACUGCAGGCCCAGUUGAAACCGAUGAGAUAAAAGAUGAUUCCACUAUAGACCAUGGCUUUUCACUGCAGCUGUCUCAGGAUGUUUUCUCACCUGUUCCCUUAAGUGAUGAAAGUUUCACUAUCAUUGAUGUGGCAAGCAACAAAGCACUUUUCCAGACUUUUGUUGCAGAAUGGAAGGAGAAAAGCAGAUUCUCCAUCUCAGUGGCCUGUGAAAGAACAAAAUCUCUUCUGUCUCCCAAAUCAACGAUUGGCGGCAAAUUCCGAAAAGUAAGUUCUCCUCAGUGGAUGCAAGUUAAAGAUGAUGGGUUUCCCAUCCAAGGCUGUGAAGACAUCUUGGUCGUUGGACUGGCAGUAUGUUGGGGUGGAAAAGACGCCUACUAUAUCUCUUUGCAGCAGACACAAGACCAGACUGAAAUCAGUAUGAGUUUGGCACCACCACCUUUGGACAAAAACCUGCCUGUAACAGAGAGACUGUAUCAUCUGCAGCGGUACCUGCAGAAGAAGCCCAAGCAGGAGCGCUCACUUGUCAUGUAUAACUUCAUUCAGCACUACAAGACUCUGGUGAUGGCUUGUGGCAUCUCCUUGGAAGGAAGUUUUGAGGACCCAAAGGUUGCAUGCUGGCUGCUUGAUUCCGGCUCCAAGGAACGUACACUGCACAACAUGGUGACCAACUUCCUCCCCCACGAGCUGCCUCUGCUGGAAGGGGUAGGCACCGGCCAAGGGGUGCAGAGCCUGGGGCUUAGUGCCAGCAGCGACCAUUCUGGGCGGUACAGAGCAGCAAUAGAGUCUGUGCUUAUCUUCCAUGUCAUGAACCAGCUCCAUAAUGAAUUACAGAAGGGAAAUCUGACAGAUGUAUUUUCUAAAGUGGAGAUGCCCACCCAUUAUUGCUUGGCUCUGCUGGAGCUGAAUGGCAUUGGUUUUAGCACAACAGCGUAUGAAACCCAGAAACAAGUCAUGCAAGCUAAACUGAGCGAGAUUGAGACCAAGGCCUAUGAGCUGGCAGGGCACAGCUUCUCCUUGACCAGCCCUGAUGACAUUGCAGAGGUUUUGUUCCUGGAGCUGAAAUUGCCACAAAAUGGAGAUGUGAAAGUUCAAGGGAACAAGAAAACUCUGGGUUACACCAGAAGAGCAGCUGCUAAAGGAAACAGCGUUAGAUUGAGCAAGCAGUUCAGUACAACCAAGGAUGUUUUGGAGAAAUUAAAGAUACUGCACCCGUUGCCAGGGCUGAUACUGGAAUGGAGGAGGAUCAACAAUGCCAUUACUAAAGUGGUAUUUCCACUCCAGAGGGAAAAGCGAUUGAAUUCUGCACUGGGAAUGGAAAGGAUCUAUCCAGUGUCACAGACUCACACAGCUACAGGUCGAAUAACCUUCACAGAGCCAAAUAUCCAGAAUGUGCCAAGAGAUUUUGAGAUUGAAAUGCCAACUGUGGUUGAAGAAAGCCCACCCUCCAGAGCCCAUGGACGUGUUAAUUCUCGUACUGCUUCCAGGGGCAG